AUGUCCAACCAGACCCACGGCGCUAGUCCAGCUGCCUCCGUCGAUGUUGCCCAGCCCCCAAACGGUCACAAGCACUUAUCCCCUACGGAGCGCCAGGCUGUCUACGAAAUGCUUCUAGGCGCUGCCAUAGGAGAGGUACUCCCUCGAGGAGUCAUUGUCAAAGCAGCGAUGCAGUUUGGCUGCCACGAACGCACCGUAUCACGCCUCUGGGUUCAGGCGCAGCUCUCCCUGCGGCAUGGUUGCAUCUCCGCUGAUGAUCCCAAUGACAUCCAUUAUUCGCCACAAGAAGAAGACCCCAAGAUUCAAGACCAAGUCGAACUACAUCAAACCAUACCUCACGCUAGCCAACAUCGAAGCUCGUCUGAGAGGUGGCUGCACGCUCCGUCAAGUCCAAGCACUAACAAGGUUAUGUUUCUUGCCGUCGUGGUCCGUCCCCGCUACCACCAUCACUCCAAGACGUUUUGGGACGGCAAGGUUGGUCUGUGGCCCUUCGUUCAAGUGUCCCCGGCGUUGCGUGGAAGCAAGAACCGCCCCAAGGGCACCCUUGUCACUGUUCCUCAAGCCGUAGACAGUACUGUGUAUUUUGACGCCGUUCUAAACAAGGUCGUUCCUGCCACUAUGGCCAAGUUUCCUCGCGGUGUGCGGCGCGGUAACGUGGUCCUCCAACAAGACAACGCCAGCCCGCACCGUUGCGUUACGACAAAGCUGCUUCAUGCCAAAGGUGUGCGUGGGAUUGUUGUAGCAAAUCAGCCUCCCAACAGUCCAGACUUUAAUGUCUUAGAUUAA